AUGGAAAUGUCAACUUUGUUCGAAGAUAGCUUCGUCGAAACAUUCGAUGUUAUAUCAUCUACGGCCUCGUCAAUUCAAGUGGGUUGGGAACUUAGAGAGGCAAAUAUAACACUAGUGCGGCAAUUUCAGGUGCAUUAUCAAAAGGUUGCAAGUGAUUAUCUACAAUACGGACCAUUGCUUCACGCAAGUGCGCGUGAUUUUAAAGUAGGAAACUUGGUAGCAGACACGUACUAUAAAGUAUGCCUGGUUGUGUUCGGAUCCAACAAGAUGGAUUAUCGACAAUGCACGGAGGCAUCAACAACGAAUUGGCAGUUACCUAUUUCAGUGGGAAGCAGCAUAGGGGCUCUGCUGGCUCUGUCAGUUAUUGUCCUUAUCGUCUUAUUGUCAAGGUGCAAGUUCUCUUCUCGAAACGGAGGUAAGAAGUCGAAAAGCUCAACUAGAUAUGACACGAUGACUUCAAUGUAUCAUGAUAAUCAGUCCACCAUACACGGCAAUGAGUAUGACUUCGUGUCAGAAUUUGAUGAUGAAGCAUUAUAUAAAGUGCCGCUAGAUGCUUCAAUGCAGACAUCUAGGAGUAGGCUUCCUGACACAGCUGUACACAAAGGUCUAUGUCGCGGUCAUAUGCAUCUCAACAGCAAUAGAAACAGUCAACACAGGCAUUCGCUGGGACGUAUUCAAUUCUCACACCCACAUCAUGUUAUACGAAAGUCCUGCGCACACUCCAUACAAGGCUAUUGUAGAGGCUGCGAUUCUCAAGAGUCAUGCUCACCUUUAAAAGCAUAUCCGAAAAGAUCGCCGUUUACGAGACAAGACUUAAAACUGGACGAAAAUAUUUCGCCCAUAGAUUGUACGUGUAUGCCAUAUACACGAAUAACUCGUUCUCUGUCGUUGAAUAACUAUUCACUUACACGGGCAGAUGUUACAAUGCCUGAACAAGAUGUUAGCUCACACACCGCUGAGUAUUUUACACUUAUCGACGAGAUUCCAAACAUUCCAUCAUCGAAAACAUCUUUAAAACCUAAUAUUUCUGCUACGGUGUCAGCAACUACACAAAGUACAAAUGAAAAACGUACGCUCAUAUCUGACAUUGACUUUGAUAGUGCAGAUUUGAGUAAGUACGGUGCCUCGGGUGGAGUUUCGACAUCGAACUGGCAAAACAAUAUAAAUGAUGUAGACGAAACCAAUUAA